GGCCGCCCCGGGCCGGCGCCCGGACUUCGCCAUCGGCGGGGCGCGGGAGGCACCGGGCGCGCCGGGAGCCGCAGCCGCAGCCGCAGGUCUGCCCUGACCUGGCGUUCUCUCAGGCAUUAGCCUGUGUGGAGAUGUGAGCGGGACUGAGUCGGGAGCUACCGGGAAGCAUGGAGACGGUGGUGAUUGUUGCCAUAGGGGUGCUGGCCACCAUCUUUCUGGCUUCGUUUGCAGCCUUGGUGGUGGUGUGCAGGCAGCGUUACUGCCGGCCCMGAGAUCUGCUGCAGCGGUAUGAUUCCAAGCCCAUCGUGGACCUCAUCGGAGCCAUGGAGACCCAGUCGGAGCCCUCAGAGUUAGAGCUGGAUGAUGUCGUCAUCACCAACCCCCACAUCGAGGCCAUUCUGGAGAAUGAAGACUGGAUUGAAGAUGCCUCGGGUCUCAUGUCCCACUGCAUUGCCAUCCUGAAGAUUUGUCACACUCUGACGGAAAAACUCGUUGCCAUGACGAUGGGCUCUGGGGCCAAGAUGAAGACUUCUGCCAGUGUCAGUGACAUCAUCGUGGUGGCCAAGCGGAUCAGCCCCAGAGURGACGAUGUCGUGAAGUCCAUGUACCCUCCGCUGGACCCCAAGCUCCUGGAUGCACGGACCACUGCCUUGCUCCUGUCUGUCAGUCAUCUGGUGCUAGUGACCAGAAAUGCCUGUCAUCUGACUGGAGGCCUGGAUUGGAUUGACCAGUCACUGUCAGCUGCUGAGGAGCACCUGGAAGUCCUUCGAGAGGCUGCCCUGGCUUCUGAGCCAGAUAAAAGCCUCCCAGGCCCGRAAGGCUUCCUACAGGAACAGUCGGCCAUUUAGUCCUGUAGGAAAGCAGGUGGUCACGAGGGCCAAUCUGCUGCCAUCCUGGGUGGCUUAGCUGAGCCUUUCACUUUUCCCUGUAGAGUUAGUUGUUCUCCAGGGCUCGGGGGUCCCGCCAUGUGUGUAGAGUACAGCAGAAGCACCCCAUCGUGGAUGCCUCUGUGGCAACGGCAGACGGUGGCUGGAGAAUGGUAUUCUCAUACCAGGGUUAGGGGGCAUGCCUUUCGCCACCUGUACAGCAGAGUGGGCUGUCAGCUCAAUUUCGCUCACCUAGUGUUUUCAAGAAAAUUGAGCCACCCUCUAAGAAUCCAGAGGUUUCACCUAAAAAUCAGAAUCCCCAACUUCUCUUGGACAAUCAGAAGGCGUGGCGAAUCUGAACUGCGUUUUCAAAAUAGGACAAUCACUUGGAGCUCGGUAGGGGUUCAGUCUCCCAGUAAGCACAAGCCUUCUACUCUGCCCCUGGCCUGAUGUGUUUAUUUGUGUUACUUCCUGGUCCCUGAGGCGUCUGAGCCCCUCUUUUCCUUUACAGGCUUGGGUCUGAAGCUGAGCACUGCAAAGUUGAUUAUUUCCUUUUUAUCAUUAUGCCUGCGAUUUUACCUAGCUACCACUAAGUGAAUA